UGGCGGCUGUGGACAAUCAUUCGUCUAUGAACCGCCGAUAGUGAAUGUUUGUUUUCUUGGAUUUCCGAUAAAGGAUUAUCAUAUCAAUAUAUUCAAACACUUAUUAUACGCAAAUAGUAUAUAUAUAUAUAUAUAUAUACACGUGUGUGUUUAUAUACAUGCAUUCGAAUAUUUAGAUAAGGUCGAGACGAAAAAAAAAAAAAUUCCGCUGCCAUUUUGAAACGCCCGAUGACCGAGUACUAUGACGGAUUGUUUCGGACUAUGCCGGUUAUUCGAACGGGAACACUCGAGCGACAAGAUGGGUAACGAUCUGCCUAAACCGAACGAGAAUUACGUAGUGGUACCGACCGGUGACAACACAUACACAGGUUGCAGAGCAUAAAAUAUAGUGCAGCAGUGAAAGAAAACAUUAUUUUUAAUUUCCAAUGCCGUGUAAACACUAAUAGAUACAUCGAACAAACAAUUAUUUAUUAUUAAUUACGUAUUAAUGAACUUGGUACUCUACGUGCAUAAAGGGAAAAGUAAAAAAGUCGUGCAUGUGGUGAAGCGUCUGUGUGGCUGUGUACAUAUAUAUUAUUAGUUAAAGUUACAUUUGGCCAUUUGGGUAUGCAAAUUAGUUAAAACAGUGUACAUAGUUCCAGUGGAAAGAUUAUAGUUAUAUUGCCAGAUAGUAAAACGAGUUUUACUAUCACGAACCAUUUUAAUGUAAUGGAUGAAAAAAAUAUGUAUACUUGAAAUCAAUAGAAAUCUACGUUUAUCUUGCACUAGUUGGAUUAUCUAUAUACAACUAUGAUUCGCCGAACACCAAAUACGACUGGCAUGGGUCCAUUAAAUCUAGAAUGGAUUAACUACUGCUUCGUAAAAAACGGACAAAAACACAGGACCGAUAAGUAUUAUUGUAUGUACGAAAGGAAUCCAACUUUGGUGGUACGCAGAGGAUUUCCUAUUUGCUUUUACUUGAAAUUCGACAGAGAGUUUGACAUGGCUAAUGACAGUGUGUCGUUUAUGUUCAAAUUGGCUGAAACUGGAGAUGCAAACUUUGGAAAUAACACUAUGGCUGCUGUGCCCUUAAAGGAUAAUCCAAGCAAUGGCAAUGGCCAUUGGUCAGCGUACGUGAUGUCUACUGAUGACGUGGACCCAAACGUAGUCAGCGUUAGAAUUACUCCACCGAAUAACUGCAUUGUGGGACAAUGGAUAUUUGACAUAGACACCCGAUCGGGACAAGAAGCAGCUAUGUUCUCAGCUAAAGGAAAUCCGAUUUACAUACUGUUCAAUCCAUGGUGUCCAACGGAUGAAGUUUAUCUAAAGGACGAUGCGCUACGUGACGAAUACGUAUUGAGCGAGGAAGGACUCAUGUGGCGCGGAAGUCACAACCGGCAGAAAGAAGUCAUGUGGAAAUACGGCCAGUUUCAAAAGAACAUGUUGGAAAGCAGUUUUUUGUUAUUGUUAAAAAUCAGACGGUUAGCACUUAUACACUGCAGUGACCCAAUAAAAGUAUCAAGAAGCCUAUCAGCCGCGGUAAACGCCCCUGAUGAGUUAGGUGUCGUUCAAGGCAACUGGACCGAAGAUUUUUCCGGCGGCACCGCACCCAUUAAUUGGCUGGGAAGCGUAGACAUUUUAAAUCAAUACAUUAAAACAAAAAAACCUGUCAAAUACGGGCAAUGCUGGGUCUACGCUGGAGUACUAACUACAGUGUGCAGAGCUAUCGGAAUACCUUGCCGUCCGGUGACCGCAUAUUGCGCAGCUCACGAUACACAAAAUAGUUUGACGAUCGAUUACUUAGUCGACGACGAUGGAAAAAUAAUAGAAGAACUGCAAACUGAUUCAAUUUGGAACUAUCACGUGUGGAACGAGGUUUGGAUGGCCAGGCCUGAUCUGAACAUUUUGGACCGGAGCUGGCAAGUGAUCGAUGCCACACCGCAAGAGCUGAGCGAAGGCCAGUUCAAAUGUGGCCCAGCCAGCGUUACGGCUGUUAAAAAUGGUGACAUAAGAGCACCGUACGACACGGCGUUCGUGUACUCCGAGGUGAACGCAGACAAGGUGUACUGGAGAUACUAUGGCAUAUCUCAACCAAUGAAGCUGUUGAGGAAGGACACGGAAGCAAUAGGCAAACUAAUAUGUACGAAAGCGGUUGGAAAAUGGGAACAGGAAAACAUUACGGACAACUACAAAUAUCCUGAAAAGUCAACUGAAGAAAGGAUCACUAUGCAUAAAGCAUUAAAACAAAAUAACAGUAUAUUUAGCCGUUAUUAUUUAAAUGAGGAUUUCAAUGAAAUCAAAUUUGAUUUUGAGUUAGUCGAUGAUAUUAUCGUGGGAGAAAACUUCAGGGUAGCGGUGAGAAUCACGAACAAAGGUCAUAAAGAUUACACAGUAAAAGUUAUAUUGCGGGUCGAUACGGUUGAUUAUACCGGUAAAAAUGGAUCUCUUGUCACCAAAGUCGAACAACAAAAAGUAGUACUUCACGAUCCAGGAUCAAACGUUGAAUUUGUCCAAACCGCGUUGACGUAUUUUGAUUAUGGUAACGAUGUAAAAAGCCAAAAUGUUUUCAACAUAUCAUGUCUGGCGAGUGUGGUCGACACAGAUUACGAGUACUUCGGACAGGACGACUUUAGGGUUAGAAAACCGGAUAUUGAAUUCGAAAUGCAUGAUAAACCUGCCAUGUCACGUGAAGUUCGGGCUACUGUAAAGUUUAGAAAUCCGUUGCCCCUGUCUUUGAAAGAUGGAAAAUUCUUCAUCGCUGGUUCAUCGUUACCUAAAACUCUGGAAAUCAAAGUUGGUAAAGUCAGCGCAAAAAAAACGACCAGUGUGUCGUUCAAAUUCACUCCACAAUUCACCGGAAAGCAAGUAAUUUCUGCAAAAUUUACGUCCAAACAACUGCAAGACGUCGAUGGUUAUUUACAAUUUAUGGUGUAAGAUGGGCAUAUUAUGGAUGACCUUGGCCAUCAAUCAUACCUAUUGAAUAAGACUCUCAUACAUAAAAUUAGUAUCGCGCGUGAAUUGAUUUUUUUUUGUUUGUUGCUCUAAGUUAAAUAAUAUUAAUUGAUACAAUUUGUUUACUUUAACAUACAGCUAAUAUACCAUUUACUUAAUUAGUUAUAGCGCUAUUAAUGAGUUAAGGAACAGAAAAUAGAACUAGACUGAGUUUAUAAUAUUUUAUAUUAUAAAUAUUGUCGAAAUUCGAUUCAUUUUAUUAUACAAUACCUAUCUGAUGUAUUUUAAUCAACAUAAAACAUUAAAAUGCAUUCGGUAUUUAUUACCUAGAUAGCUUUUGAAUUAAUUAUAAUAUACUUACAUAUUAUGGUCAUGAAGCCAUAAUUAUCUAAGAGUAUGAGGUUUUGUCUUUAAUUUAAGAUACAAUUUCAUGUUAUUUUU